AUGCCACGACAACUGCCCUGGAAAGUUAUACCAAGUCAAAAAAAGACUGCUGCUGCUCCCGCCUCAGAACCCAGCGCAUCAUCACCUUCGGCUCGCGCCGCGCAAUCAUCAAGCAAAGCGAAGCUGAAGCUGAGCACGAGCGCAGAUGGGCUCAAUAUUGUACCUGGCAAUACAGCACGAGGCUCAGACACUAGCCGUCGUCCACAUCUGCCCCGGUUUCCAUCGACAUCGCCGCCACCUGAGCCUCCGAGAGAGGAGUUUAUGAUUGAAGGCCUUCGCUACGAUGAUAGGUAUCGCAUGGUGGAGGACGAGUUUCUCUCCGUGGCCGGCGAGUUUACUCGCCAUUUGCACGCCGCCGAGUACCAGCGGCUGAGGAACCUUGCGAGUUCCAGGAAUGCUGAGACCAUUGAUGAUAUCUCACGUCCUGUCACGGGCGCACCAACGAGUGCUGUAAAACGAAGGCAUGCCAGACUUGAAACGGCUGCCAGACAACCGAGAGGUUUAGCCAAGGUCUUAGGGAAACGGGUUGAUCACAACUCGGACUCCGAAGACAAGCCCUGGACAGGCACCUCGCUGCAGGGCCUAAUGGAUAGCCCAAGGAAGAAGAAGGUCCCAUUACACCGCUCAUUGAGUUCCCUGAGCGCUUCAGCUGGGUUCCGAGCCGCAACCCGUUCGAAUCCGUCACUGGACCUGGCCGUGCAUAUGCAAGGGAGACUAGGCAACCGAAAGCCACCAAGUGAAGACAAGGGCGACGACAGCGAGGAUGAUGACUCGGCUUUGGAUGGGCACACAUCGUGGUCCCCAAAGCUCCAUAGGGCUCGAGUUACCGAAAUGCCAUCAACCAACAGGCUCAACAAGAAGUAUACUUCUAGCGACCAGGAUGAAGAGGAAGACGACGUUGAUUUGUUCUCCCGAGUUCGUUCCCGCAGGGCAGCCCAGCGACGAAGACCCGGCUCUCCGGUUAUCAAAAUCGAGGUCAAGACGGAGGACAGCCAAAGUGCCACCUCAUUGCACGAGAUACCGUUUCUCUAA